CCCUCCCCUCCCCUCCCCUCCCCUCCCCUCCCGCCGCUGCAGCCGCGAUUCAAUCUGCUCUCCUCCCCCCUCCGCCGCUUACCGCUGCCCCGCCGCCACGCCGCUGCUAGGGUUUGGACUCGGGGGCUCCCCGCCUCAGCGUCGCGCGAGCCACGCACCCACCGCCCCGGCGGGCGUCCGUCCGUCCGUCCGCCGCGGAGGCGUCGGCGGCACCAUCUCCGUCGCCGCUUGCUGCUUGCGCUAGGGUUGCGGCGCCUGGCCGGCGCGCCGCGGGAGCAGCAGCCAUGUCGCAGACUAACUGGGAGGCGGACAAGAUGCUGGAUGUUUACAUAUAUGACUAUUUUAUGAAGAGAAAUUUGCAGGCAACUGCAAAGGCCUUCCAAGCAGAAGGGAAGGUCUCUUCAGAUCCAGUUGCAAUUGAUGCACCUGGUGGCUUUCUGUUCGAGUGGUGGUCUGUUUUUUGGGAUAUAUUCAUAGCACGAACAAAUGAGAAACAUUCGGAUGUUGCAGCGUCAUAUAUUGAAACUCAGCUCAUGAAAGCCAGGGAGCAACAGCAGCAACAGCCACCCCAACAGAGGCAGCAGCAGCCACAGCAUAUACAAAUGCAACAAAUGCUGUUACAAAGAGCUGUGCAUCAGCAGCAGCAGCAACACCAACAACAGCAACAGCAGCAUCAGCAGCAGCAGCAGCAGCAGCAGCAACAACCACAACAGCAGCAGCAUCAGCAGCAGCAGCAGCAGCAGCAGCAGCUGCAACAACAGCGUAGAGAUGGUUCCCAUCUUCUUAAUGGUUCUGCAAAUGGAAUUUCUGGAAACAAUCCUUUAAUGCGGCAGAACCAAAGUACUGCAAAUGUAAUGGCAACAAAAAUGUAUGAGGAAAGGUUAAAGGUACCUUCCCAGAGAGACACUUUGGAAGAUGCAUCAAUGAAGCAAAGAUAUGGAGAGAAUGCUGGGCAACUACUUGAUUCAAAUGAAGCAUCAUUGUUGAAAGCAGCUUCAAGUGGACAAUCUUCAGGGCAAAUUUUGCAUGGAACUGUUGGUGGCUUGUCAGGCACUCUGCAACAAGUUCAGGCCAGAAGUCCCCAACUUCCUGGGCCUGCUCAGAGUAUCAAGACAGAGAUCAAUCCCAUUCUGACGCCCAGAGCUGCAGGCCCAGAAGGAUCAUUUAUUGGUGUCCAAGGAUCCAAUCAAGCUGGGAACAAUUUGACUUUGAAAGGAUGGCCACUCACGGGACUUGAGCAACUUAGGUCUGGAAUUCUUCAGCAGAAAUCAUUUAUUCAGAAUCAACAGCAAUUGCACCAGCAGAUCCAGAUGCUGACUCCGCAGCAGCAGCAGCAGCUUAUGCUGCAGGCUCAGCAAAAUAUGUCUUCGCCAACAUCUAGUGAUGUUGACAAUAGAAGAUUGAGGAUGAUGCUAAACAGCAGAAAUGCUGUUCUUGGCCGGGAUGGGCAGACAAACAGUGGCACUGAUAUUAUUCCAAAUGUUGGCUCUCCUAGUCAAAGUGGUGGCGAUAUAGAUAUACUUAUAAAGAAGAAACUUGCUCAGCAGCAGCAACUGUUACAACAGCAAAACAAUAGCCAGCAGCAGCCGCAGCAACAUCAGCUUCAGCAACCUGCUGUCUCUAGCCAGCAAUCCCAAAGCUCAAAUCAACUUCUUCAACAAGAAAAGUCAGGAAUUGGAAGUAUGCCUGUUGACGGGGGCAUGCCAAACACUUUUGGGGGAGCUGAACAAACAGCAAAGAAGAGAAAGAAGCCAGGUUCAUCCUCUGGCAGAGCUAACAGUUCAGGAACAGCAAAUACCGCUGGCCCCUCUCCAAGUUCUGCACCCUCGACACCUUCCACUCAUACACCAGGAGAUGCAAUGUCUGUGCAGCAGCUGCAGCAGAAUGGUGGUUCAGCUAAACCCAUGGUAAUGUUUGGCUCUGAUGGCACUGGGAGCUUGACAUCUCCUGCAAACCCCUUGGAUGAUGUGGACCGUUUGCUGGAAGAUGGCUCCUUGGAUGAUAAUGUUGAAUCCUUUCUAUCACAGGAUGACAUGGAUCCUAGAGACAACUUGGGGCGCUGCAUGGAUGCUAGUAAAGGAUUUGGUUUUUCUGAGGUUGCAAAAGCACGUGCAAGUUCAACCAAAGUUGUUUGUUGCCACUUCUCAUCUGAUGGCAAACUGCUUGCUACUGGUGGUCAUGAUAAAAAGGUUUUUUUGUGGUGUACAGAACCCCUAAAGUCUAAAUCUCAACUGGAAGAGCACUCGUUUCUGAUCACUGAUGUUAGAUUUAGCCCAAGCAUGUCACGCCUUGCUACAUCCUCCUUUGACAAAACUGUGCGGGUUUGGGAUGCUGAUAAUACUGACUAUUCGCUCCGCACUUUCACGGGACAUUCAGCAUCUGUUAUGUCACUUGAUUUUCAUCCAAAUAAAGAAGAUAUGAUAUGCUCCUGUGAUAGUGAUGGGGAAGUGCGCAGCUGGAGCAUAAAUAAUGGUAGCUGUCUGACCUGUGUUAAGGUGUUUAAGGGUGGUGCUACUCAGAUGAGAUUUCAACCUUGCAAGGGAAAAUAUCUAGCAGCUGCCUCUGAGAAGACUAUCUACAUACUUGAUGGGGAGACACAACAUUCUUGUAGAAGUCCCUUGCAGGGGCACAAUAAGAAUAUUCAAUCCCUUUGUUGGGAUUCUACUGGUGACUAUCUGGCUUCUGUCAGUGAAGACUCUGUCAGAAUUUGGUCAUUCACUCCCGGACAUGAUGGUGAUUUUGUGAAUGAGUUGAAUUGCAGCGGGAACAAAUUCCACUCAUGUGUUUUCCACCCAACUUAUCCAUCAUUGCUAGUAAUUGGUUGUUAUGAGUCUUUGGAACUUUGGGACAUAAGGGAGAAGAACACCAUGACCCUCAACAAUGCGCAUGAGGGUUUGAUUGCAGCCCUUGCAGCAUGCAGUGCAACAGGGAAGGUUGCCUCAGUAAGCCAUGAUAGAUUUGUCAAGCUCUGGAAAUGACCUGUAUAAUAGUGACCGAUGUUGUCCAUGUCGACUUUUACAUUCUGUUUGUUAGAUGAUAGACAAACAAGACGGUUUUCUGCCUCAGAUGACCACAUGACGAAAAGGGUAGCUAACAAGACUCUUGAGCCACUUGGGCUCAAGAACUAACUUUGUUUUGUUUUGUGGUUGUCGUUGUAUGCUGUUCAAUAUGCUACUGAAGCUUGUAGUUGUAACUUGUAACUCCUUAUAGAAAUGUUGGUUGAAGACUUCGAAUUUGUACCCAGUACAAGUUACAAACUGUUUUUUUUUAAUCUGCCUUGUAUGCAGUUGUAGUGCAUUUUUCCCUCUGUAUGUUGUCCUUGUUGAAUCCUAACAUUGUGUGGACUUGUGGGGGCUUUA